AGAUUCAGAUUUCAGAAACAUUAAACUGUUUUUAAAUUUCGAUCGAAAUAUCUAGUUACUUAGUUACUUGUUUAUAUUUAAUGUUUUUUUGCAGUUAAUUUUCCUUACGAUGGGUUAUACGAGAAUGCUUUCCUAUUGGAAUAUUUAUUUUUGAUUUGUUUUUAAAAUUCAAAAUAGAAUGAUUUUAUUCAUUCAUGUAAUAUUGCUAGUAUUUCGAGGUUAUGCAAAAUGACUUUUGCAAGGAUCUUCAGCAAAACUCUUGGUUUUAUCGGAUAUACUUUUCAAUACGCUUGUGUAACUCACUGUACAUUUGAAUAUGUAGGAGAUUUUGUAAUUUGUUCGGGUCCAUCAAUGGAGCCAACUUUGGAGUCUAACAAUAUACUAUUUACCGAACACUUGUCUCCAAGACUGCAGAGGCUGCGUAGAGGCGACAUUGUUAUAGCCAAGUGUCCAUCAAACCCAAAACAGAAUAUAUGCAAAAGAAUAGUUGGCCUACCUGGAGAUAAGGUUCGGGGUAACUUUGCAAGGAGUCAUGUUGUGCCGAGAGGUCAUGUGUGGUUGGAGGGAGAUAACUCUGGAAACUCAACGGAUUCAAGGCUAUAUGGUCCUGUUCCAGAGGGUCUGAUACGAAGUAGGGUAGUCUGCCGCGUCUGGCCUUUGGAUAAAAUAACAUCACUGACUGACUAUUGAACAUGUAAUUGGGAUUUUUUCAAAAAGAAUUAUUUAUGCUCUUGUUUCCAAGGUAAUUUUAUUAUGUUUUUGAUUAGUUGUAAUUAGUGGUAAUUAAAUUGUUGAUAAGCCUUUUUUAUGUCUUCCAAAGAAGAAAACUACUGAAAUAAGGUAUUAAAUAGUUUGCGUCCUACUGUAAUUUUUAUUAUUACAGAAGACACCAUGCUUCACGAAAUGUUAAAUAUACUCUCAUACUAUAUAAACACCUACAACAUUAUUGAAUAUAAAUGGUUUAGCAAACCUAUAUAAAAAACUGAUGGAAUUUAAAAAGAAGGAAAUGGCUCUUUCGCAAUUUAUAUCCAACAGGCAACAGGUUUAUUGUGUAAUCCUGGUUGCUUUCAAUCUGUAAUUAAAAUGACUACUUAAGCUAUAACCUUAAUGGCUGUAGACAAGAUUUGUUAUUUUAUAAAGUUCAAGUAGCUUAGUGGUUAUCAUUUGUUUUGGAUGAGUUCCUAUAUAAUUCAUUGUUUAAUAGCUAUAAUACUCUUUAUUGUACACUACUAGAAAAGCAGAUGUGACUACAGUAACAAGGACAAUUGUCAUAUAUUAUGUAUUCCUUUUUUCCCUCUAAAACUGUCCAGACAACUAUAUGAUGAAUAUAUUAGAGUUAGUAUAUUUUUUUAAGAAAAUGAAAUAUUUGUUUAUAUAAAUUAUAAUAUAUGAAUAUAGAAAUUACUGUUUACCAGUAUGAUACAUUCUAUUCAUACUUCAGGUGAAACAUAAGUUGCUACAAUAACAGUUAUAGUUCACACAUAGAUGUAAAUAUAUUAUUUUCGUAAAAA